ACAGGCGGCCCCGCCCACUCGCGCUCCGCCGUAAAGCAGCAUUAGUCUUUACGACAGUCGAAGUGCUUUGCGGUAACCUUCAUCUGUCAUGUAAGAUGUUGUGAAGGAGCUCCUGUCCGCGUGCCGAAGAGCCGAACCCAUGUUCACUGCAGAGACCUGCUGACUCAGCUCCAGGCCGGGCUGAACCGCCGCGAUGGCGUCUCGUUUCCUGAAGUACUCCGUGCUCCUCCAGAAGUACCGGACGCCGCUGCUGGUGGCGAGCUGCGGCGGGCUCUUCGCUGCCAACAUGUUCUACCACGUCUUUCCGGACCUGUCCUACCGGCAGCUCUACCAGGCCUGGCACAAAGGAGAGCCGGUGGAGCUGUCCGGGAAACUGGAGCAGCUUUUCCAGGAGGUGCUGACGGACUGCAGGAUCAAAUCCUCCAACAGCUUCUCCGCCUUCGCCUCCUUUGGGUUCCACCCCGUUGGCGCCGGCGUCCCCUGGCUUCCUGCGGGGGUCCAGAUUGGCAUCCCGGCUAACUUCAACAGCACCGCUGACGACCUGAGCGGCAUAACCAACCGCAACAUUUUCAUCAACGGCAAAACGGUGGACUGGGCCAGCGAGACGGGCUCCGCCCUCAAGGAGGCGCUGGUGUUCUCCCUGGAGGCGCAGAAGUUCGCCAUCGCGCGGGAGGUGGUCCGGCUGCAGUCCGGGGGCCCCAUGUUAAACGCGGCGGUGGCGCCGCUGUGUCUGGGCGGGGUGUGGGUGUACAGUGUCCUGCUCAAGCAGGUGUUCGGGCUGCACGCCGGCUCCGCCCUGCUUCGGGGCGUGGCCAACAUGGUGGCGCUGGGCAUCGGCGCCGUGUCCUACUUCCUCACGUCGGACGCAGUCAGCCAGUGGAUGGACUACAGCUCAGACCGCCACGCCGCACGGGUAUCCCCAGAGUACGCUAAAGGGGGCGUGGAGUUCUACGACAAAAUCCUGUCCAGGAAUAAGACCCUGCGCUCCCUGAUGGGACGCAGAGGAGAGGAGAUGUACGCCCCCAGCGGGAACCUGUUCCCCGCCCACAUCCUUCAGCUGAAGCACACGCCAUACACGUCCCGGAGGGAGGGGCUUCUGGCUCUACUUAAGGAGGACAAGGUGUGACGGCGAGCGGGGGACCAAACGUCAAGUCCUAGUGUGGAAAAACGAGCAGAAAUGAAAUGUUAUUGUGUGAUUUCUGAUUAAAAAGACGAUGAAUGCUG